CCGCCGCUUUGCGUUGCGGUGCGUGCGUGUGCGCCACACCGUCACCUUCGCCGGCCGCUUGCCGGGUGCACCACCGCAAGGUUAGAAUGAGGCGACAAGGACAGGGACAGUAUGAUGGACCAGACAUAAACUCCAUGGUGGCUGCUCAGUUGCAUCACUACCAGACACAACAAAGGGUUCAACAACACCCUGAUAAUAACUACCCUGGAAGAGAUCCUGGGAAAACUGCUGAUGAACAGCAGUAUACCGCCCCAAAGGUGAGACAGAGUCAAUGGGAUCGAGGUGGUCCAAAUGUCCCAAAUCAGAUUCCAGCAUAUGCAUACAAUGAAGGUAAAAGUGCUCAGGGUGCGCAGUCCUUUUAUGAUGGACAGAGAUCUGAUUUAAAGGUUGGUCUAGAAAAGCAGCCCAGCAAAGAAUCGAGGAACCAGCCUCGUAAUGAUAGGUUUGAAGCAAGGCAUGAGGAUUAUAAUCUUCCACGUACAUUUGAAGGUCUAGAGCAGAAUUUUCAUGAAGACGCUGUGAUGCUAUCCAAGGAACUACAUGAUGCCGAGGAUGCUGAAAAUGCCAGGCACAGGCAGAGAUUGAAUGAAAUAAAUGCAGAGUACCAGGAGAAACUGUUGGCACUUCGAGCUCGCCAAGCAACCUAUAGAGAAGAAUUCCUGCGCAAGGAGUCUCAGGCACGCCAGCAGCAAUACCAACAGGCUAGCAUGAGCAGUUAUGCAAACAACGCAAUGCCCAGGGAGACGCACGGCUAUACUCCAGCGGGAGCAACACCACCACCGCCUCCUUCUGCUGCUUCAGCUGGUGGUACUUACGGAGAGGCUCAUCGGAAUUAUGCUUCAGCCCAGUAUGACUCCUUUAGGGAGCGUCCAGACUACCCGGAAUUCCGUGGCCACGGCCGAGGCCAAGGUCAUGGCCUUGAGCACCGUGGUCAGUUCCCUGGUGGUCGUGCUUAUAAUUCUGGUGGCCGAAGAUUUUAGAGAUGCCUUGUUCAAAGUUAAACUAUAGUCGAUUGGCUCAUCUCUUUUAAUCUCGUGAUGCAAUUUGCAUUUAAACCUAUAUACUUGGAAAAGCUGUUUACCAUUGAAAUCACUGGUAUGCAGGUAUCAAACAGCUCUAGAUCACCAGAUAUCACCGGCACUGUUGUGCUUGUUUUCAGUUGCAGCCUUGUAAGAGUUAAUUCUGGUUUCUUUGUAAUUUGGUAGAGAAAAGUGAGAAUAACUAAUACCAUACUCCCAUGGCUUCUCUGCUGUACAUUCAUGCCCUGCAAUGAAUAAUACCAGGGAUGCAAUUCUGC